AUGAUGUGGCUAUCAGUGAAGCAUCAACACCUUGCUGAACCAGUAAAUGCAAUCAGCUCCGAAACCCAAGCACUUUUAUAUACCAACGAUGCGGUUAGCGAGAAGCCAUCGACUAAGUCAGAGGCUCUGCUCCAAAAGAUGAACAUUAGAAACAUGAACAAUGACGAAGAUGAUGGAAUUGGCGCCGAAGUGUUGAAAUCUAUUCCUUCUUCUGGGACUCAUGAACUGACGAAGAUUAUCUGUUCAGUAUAG